UCUACCUAAGUCUAUCGUUCGCGCCGCGCCGUUAUCUUCCUGCGCUACGUUCAGAGCGUACCGUACUUGUUGCUUGUGGGGCGCGCGACGCAGUUUGUUGCGGAGCGCAGACAGAGACGGGGGAGAGAGAGAAGGAAGGUGCGAAGAAGCGGCCGGCCAUAGAGAAGAGGCGAGAGACGAGAAAGGAAGGAAGGGGAAGGGUAGGGAAGGAAGCGGGAAAGAAAGGGGACGGCACACGCACCGGCCACGCACGGCUCUCCACGCGACACCUUCGUGUCGUACGCGCGGACACGCAAGCCGGGUGGACUCGAGAUUGGAGUUUUUCCACGUCGUCUUUUAAAGAGCGAAGAAACCGAGAGUUCCAAAGAUAAAUUCGAAACACGUGUCACGGGAGGAAACGACGGUAGCAUUCCGCGUUUCCGAAUCGAUCCGGAGCGAAAAAUUUUCCACAAACCGAAAAUUCCUAAGAUAACAUCGGAUUUAAGAAGGCAGUAUCGUACAAACAAGUCGAUUAAUUUCUCACGAUUUUUAAAUGGGCUCAAGUCAAGCGAAGCUCCUCGAACAGCCUGUUAAUCAAGAAUCCUAAGAUAACACGUCAGAAUACAACACGGGGAGGAGGAAGAGGAGGAAAUUGCCGAAGUUCACCAUGUCACAUCAUAUCGUUACCGUUUGCGUGGUCUGUGUACUAUGCGCUGCACAUGUACCCUGCUCGGCGCACACAAAUUCAUCGACGACGGCGCCGGGCGAUUCAACGGGCAUCAAAAACCACACGACCCUGAACACGCAAAGUCAACAGUUCUGGUCGCCUGUACGAUCCAAAGAUAUGCAUCCGUAUUCGAAGAGCCAACAGAGAUCCAAUCCGAAUAACUUAACUAGCAAUAAACGCGAUGCCGUAAGAUCUCGUAUGCAACGCGUUGACAGUAAUAACAACAAUACCUUGAUAACCGUUAACGCAACAUCGACUGCAUCGUCCGAUGCUUAUCUUAAGAGGGAAAUGAUGGAAAACUUCAAAGGCGGUGGGAAUCCGCAAGACACGCGGCCGUCAAUUACAAGCGCGGAUAUAUCUGUAAAUUCGAGGGACGCCGAGCUUCUGGAGCGUCUUGCUCAAACGGAGAUGCUGCCAAGCAUCAAGCAGAGGUCCAGAUUGUCCAGUGAUGAUUUACGCACCGUUAAUAAAUCUAGAUUAAAGAGAGAUGUGGAUGAGAAGUACUUUAUGCAAAAGAUUUUUGAAGCCUACGGUGACGGAACGAGUAUAACUAUGGAAGGUUUCGAGAAACUUGUUCGAAAGCUGGGUCUAUUAAGAUUAUUGACUGAUGAAUCGGAUGUGCAAAGCGGUGAUACUGACAGAAGUAGUGGUAAGAAUUUUUCAAAUAAAGGCCUACAUGACGCAGAUAGUAAAAAUAAUAAAGAAAGGUGCUUAAAUAGUCAAGAGUUGCUGAGCACCGUCGCCCAAGAUGCACACUACAGUUCUAGCAAUAAUGCGACGACGUUGCCCAGCUGGCUUUUUGAACGCGUGUGUCCGGUUCUUGUCUACCAAUUAGCAGCCGAAUCCAGUUCGGAAAGAAAUGGCUGUAUACGAGUACCCGAGAAUUACAAACCUGUCGUGCCGGUCGACAAACUUUACACACAAGCGGAGGACUCGGUGCGCAACACUGUAAAAGUUUGGGUAUAUUCAACAGUUAGUAUUUUCAUAAUUAGCCUUAGCGGGCUGCUCGGCGUAGCAGUGAUUCCGAUCAUGGGAAAAAAUUAUUAUCAUCACGUGCUACAGUUUCUAGUUGCCUUGGCCGUAGGUACUUUAACCGGUGAUGCCUUGAUUCAUCUGUUACCACACGCGAUGAUGCCGCCUCACCUUCACGAACACGACGAGCAUCAAGAACAUGAGCAUCAUCACGACGAAAGCGAUGCAUUACAAAUUGAUCAUGUGAACCUACAUAAUAUGAAUAUGUGGAAAGGAUUAGUCGCUAUGAUGGGUUUCGUGCUAUUCUUUUUCACUGAAAAGGCGUUAAAUCUGAUAUCCGAAUGGCGAAAACACUGGCAGCAUCGAAAGAAGAUGCCUACGCGCGUGAGAGUGAUGAGAGAAAGUGAUGGGCCAAAUAGCAAUGUUGUUGGCGAAAAGCUGUGUAAACACAAGUACUCUUCGUACCCGUAUUGUUACGGCGAGAUUGCCAGCGAAACUCAAGAUAACCAUCACAAUCGCCGAAACAAUCAUCACGAGAGACCACCCAUCAUCGAGGAGGAGAAACCAUUGACGUCCAACUGCAAUUCCGUCACGAAAAUCGUGACGGAACAUGGUGACAUGGAGAAGAAACCAACGGACGAUUGGAGAAUGGACGAUUCGAUCGUGAAUAACGCUAAGAAAAAUGCUGAUGGUGCCGAUGUAUCAUUGAACGAAUCGGAAGGCUAUACCGUUAUUAUACGCGAACAUGAGACCAAACAUCACGGCCACAGUCAUUCUCAUGGUCAUGUACACUCAGCCCCAGAGUCUAUGUCCAGUGUAGCUUGGAUGGUCGUAAUGGGAGAUGGUUUGCACAAUUUUACAGACGGUAUGGCCAUCGGAGCUGCUUUUUCGGCAAACAUCGCAGGCGGAUUCUCCACAGCUAUUGCUGUUCUCUGUCAUGAGUUGCCUCACGAACUCGGCGACUUUGCGGUGUUAUUAAAAGCAGGCAUGAGUACCAAACAAGCUGUUUUUUACAACGUGUUAUCUUCAGUGCUCUGUCUGUUAGGUAUGAUAGGUGGAAUACUGUUAGGUAGCACUCCCGAUGCGACCAGCUGGGUAUUCGCAGGUGCUGCUGGAAUAUUUAUAUAUAUAGCAUUAGUAGACAUGAUACCAGAAUUAUCGUCGAAUCAUUCUGCGGAAAGCGGUUCACGAUGGCAGUGCAUUUGGCAAGGUUUGGGUUUAACCACAGGCCUCGGGAUUAUGUUACUUAUCGCCGCCUACGAGCAUGAUCUUAAACACAUUUUUGACAACUAAGUUUAUAAAUAAUUGCUCUUGCAUUGAUAUUACAAACAAAAUCUCUUCCUAUUACGUUCGGGUUAUUGUGUACUUCUUUGUGUUUAAUCUUAAUACUUAGCAGUCUCUUGGCAUUCAACGAAAGUAAAUUGAUCUCUUUCUGAAAUAAUUAUUAUAAUAAUAAUUAUUUCGUGCGUUAAAAACGUAAUGGGAAGAUUACACAAAUUAGAUUGCAAUUUAGAUAAAACGACAAUAUCCGAGCUAGGAUUGCCGGUGAAAGUACUUUAGAGGAACGAAAAAACUGUUGAACUCCGAAAAAAUAGGAUUUUCAUCAUUAGACAGAGUAUCAAUAAUUGAAUUGUCAAACGAUCAAAUUAAAAUAUCAAUUAUUUCUGAACCAAUUUUAUUCAAGAUAUUUCUACUGUACUCUUUUUAUGGUCAAUUCAAAAAUACUCGUAUCGAAUAAGUAAACUUAAUUUCUCAUCAGAUAAAUAUGUGAUUAUCUAGUAAUUACAUAAUAAUUUUCAAGAGAUAUGAAUAUUGAUGAAUAAUCUUGAAGCAACAAAUAGCAAAAUUUUUUUUUCACAAGAUUAAUGAGCAGAUUCAAUGACGUCAAUUAAUUCACAUUUGUUACUAUUAGAUAUAUAUUGUUAUCAGAAUAUUAUGUACAGUAUUGUUUUACGAAUGAAAGCUUAAUUUUAUAUAAGUUCUGUACAAAUAAUACAUUAUACAUUAUACAUGUAAUACAAAGGUAUUUAAUCCAAUUAGUCAAC